UAGCUUUGCAUAGAAUCAGCUUGUGUCACCCCCGACCUUCUUCAUGAGGAAGUAGAUGUGCAUUUGAGCAUCGUCCAUGACGAAGCGAUGCGGGUGUUUGAUGCCCUCCAAGGUCUUAUCCAUGGUUUUACUGUCAAUGUUCACCCAGCGUGCCGCUCCGGGUGCCAAGAAGUUUCUGCCGAAGGAACGAUCACCAAAAGGCCUGCCAGAAGCACAAAUUCUCCGCUGAUGAUGGGGUAAGUCAUGAAUUCCCGCCUCCCCAUGGUGUCAUUGAGAAGCGCCAUGAAGCUGAAGCUCCAGCGUUCCACGCGAAGACGAGUCGGGACGGGGACCCUACGCACACAAAUGACAUAUGAUGACUGAUAACCAAUUUCAAGGUAGUGAUGGGUGACAUACGUCAGUCCCUGCUGCCUCGUGAUGUGCUAAGUGCCGCCAAGGAGUUGCUCUACCACCUGGACAUCUACAUCAGUAACCUGGUUCAGUCAGGGAGGCAGCCUCCUCAGGUGGACGCUAAAACCCUAGAACUCGUGGAGGAAUUUAUUCUGCAUGCACCCAAGGACAGAAGUGCUCUGACCAGGAGAAUGAGUGCGCUGCAGGAACUCCAGCUCCUGGAGAUCAUGUGCAGCUGUUUCCAGGAGCAAAGCCGUGAUACGGUUCGUCAGCUUAUGUUCUCCGCCCUCUUCAGCCUCCAAGGCAACCAGGCAGACGACAGCCGCAUGGGACUGCUAGGAAAGCUGGUCUCAAUGGCGGUCGCCGUCAGCCGGGUUCCCAUCUUGGAAUGCGCAGCCAUCUGGCUACAGAGGACCCACUGCGUUUAUUGUGUGCGUCUGGCGCAAGUUCUGGUCGAUGACUACUGCAGCAUGAUGCCGGGUUCCGUGCCCACCCUGCAGAACAUCCACAGCGCCAGUCCACGCUUUUGCUGCCAGUUCAUCACUGCUGUUACCACACUCUAUGACCUCACCUCAGAGGAGCUCACGCCUCCUCUAGAACUCCUCCAGAUGAUUGUGUCGUGGAUCCAAGAGGACCCCGGCAUCGUCCUCGUCGCUUUCCUGAACUCGCCACUGUCCGGCAGCCAGCCGAGCAGCUCGCUUGAUAUCACACCUCUGGGCGGACUGGUGCGCUGGUGUGUCAAAGCCCCGCUGGCGUACAAGAGGGACAAGAAGCAGAUGUCGGCCCAUAGUAACUCAGGCAGUGAACAAGAAGUAGCGGGUCUUUUCUCCGCACUCCAUUUGAGCGUCCUACAGGUCUUCAUGCUCCUGCCAAACAUACUCAACGAGAAAGGCAUAUUCGGUCGCCUGGCCCUCCUCCAGAUGGACUCCUUGGCCUCGCUAACUUCUGACCUUUCACGGCUGCUGGACCAGGCUGACAAACACACGCACACGCCAGCCGCCGACGUACAUGCGCCACCUCAGCUGGCUCUGGACCGGCUGGCUCAGGCCCUGCAGGUCGCCAUGGCCAACGGAGCGUUGCUUUGCUCGAGAGAGGAUCUGAGAGCCAUCUGUUCACGCCUCCCACACAACAACUUGCUCCAGCUGGUGUUGUCAGGACCGGUGAUGUACUACAACAACAUCCACACCCCACCUUUGACCUUCAGCCCGCACGCAUCCCAUUCCCCCAUCGCCUCGCACCCCAUACACCCGGCACACGCGCCCCACACGCCGCUGGCCUCGCACUCCGCCUCCCAUCCACAGUACCCCGCUCAGCCCUUCAUGACAGGGAUGCCCUUCCCCUUCCGGCCCAGCCACUGAGGACAAGCAUCUUGUGAGUUGAACGUCUGUGUGAGUUUUGGGUGUGUAAAAUGUUUAAUGUAUUAUAUUAUUAAUAAGCACACUGAUGUCUGAUUGAGUCUGUGUGACUGACAUGUGUCUGUAAUAAAUAUUUUUCUACAUGUUUAUCCA